CCAGAAUUCUGCUCUGAAUGUUGGAGCCGGUACUGUCUUCGGGAGGGAAAAUAAUUAUAUGGCAAAAUGCAGUUGCAAUUGAUUGUGGAAAACAUUAUCUUACGACCCCAUUCACUUAAGGAGGCAGCAUUAAAUCAAUAUGGCUCAUAUUCAAUUCUGAAACUCAUCAGACAGCUGAAGAAGUCACCCUCGGCCUUAAAGCUGACAGCAGCCCUAUCUACCGGAUUUUAUGAAUUGAUGAUCAAUAAAACAGGCAAGCGUGUUAUUACUCAGUGUUUGGUUGGAUUGGAUUAUAAGACGAAUGAGGUAUUAUAUGGAGAAGCGAUAAGGAAUUGUAUGUCAUUAGCUACACACCCAGAGGGAUGUGUAUCCCUGAAUGAUUGCAUUAAUUGCAUAACAGGUGAUCACAGACAGUACCUCCUAAGCAUUAUCUCGAGUAACUCUGUUUUCCUUUCGUAUGAUCCUUCAGGGAACUUUGUGGUGCAACAUGUCCUAGGACUCCAUAACCAUGAUCUUACUCUUGAUAUUUGCACUCGUCUCCGAGGCAACUAUAUACAGCUCUCAACGACACAAACUGGCAGCCACGUAGUUGAGAAAUGCAUAAGAUUGUCCAGAGAAGGGAUGCGUUAUGUGGUUGAAGAGCUUAUAAAGAGCAACAAACUUCUAGAACUUGCUCGAGAUCAAUUUGGUAAUUAUGUGAUCCAAACAGCUUUAAAGACCACAAAGGUUGCCGAUACAGAUCUUUAUAAAUCUCUUGCAAGGGCCUUCCAACCACAUUUGUCAACUCUCCAGUACCGUAAACCUGGAAAAUAUGUGGUUGAACUGAUUAGAGGAGAAGAUAUCUGAAGGCAAAGUCUUGUUUCUGAAUGAGAGAAUAUAUGUUGAUUAUAUAUGAAAUUCAUUCUUGUUGAUGGGUUUAGUAUGUUUAUUUAUGUUUAGUUAGGGUGAAGUGCAAAUUUGUUGCCUUUUUGUUGAAGGGUAGGAUGAUGUAAUUAAGCUCUGUGCAAAUUGUUUGCUGGUUUUGUAGCUAAAAAAAGAUGUAGGGAGGCUUCCCUGUUUGGUAUACAUAAAUUGUAGAGUUCCUAUUUAUCUAAUGACUCGAAUUUUGUCUCUUCUAUUCUAAAC